UCUUCUAACAUAUACAUAUACAGUAUAUAGAUACAUAACACUUAUAUAUUCACGUAUACAUACUUAUGGAUAUUAAGAGUUGGCUACGUACAGUAUUACAACACUAUCAAGACCCUGAUAGAACGUUUCGGGAUGUAGAUGCAGUUUUGCAAACGUACUUGUCACUUAAGCCCAAGAUGGACACCUAUACAUCUAAUGAUGGCCAUACACAACUGCUAUUAUGUUUACAUGGUACAGUUCCUAUUACUUAUAGGUCUAUUCCAUACAACAUUCCGGUUGCUUUUUGGAUUCCAAAAGAGUACCCAAAAGCCUCGCCUAUUCCAUAUGUUAAGCCUACAGCAAAUAUGCUGAUACGGGAAGGAAGGCAUGUUGAUAAGAGUGGCAUGUGUUAUCACCACUAUAGAUCAAACUGGUCAAAUGAUCAAAACCAUACGCUAUUAGAGCUAGUAGCUAUUCUUCAACAAGUAUUUGCUCAGGAACCUCCUGUAUAUACUAAGCCAAACAAUAUGUCACCUAAUGUAAUAGGAUCACCACAAUUUCAAGAAUCUCUUUUGGACAGAGCUUCUCAUCAACCACAGCCACAACCACAGUCAUCACCACUUAAUAAUGGUAGCCCAGCUCCUUCUCAUGCAGCAAUUGAACAGCCUCGAUGGAUGAGUGAGAGUACUGCAUUGUAUAAUAUGAAUCAAGGCUUGACUGCACUUAGUCUAAACUCGAGCAAUACAUUACCUAAAUCAGCUUCACUUCCUACAAUCCCUUCUACAAUACCUCCAAAUUCAAGCUCUAGUUUACAAGAACAACUCUAUAGGAAGAUUGCUGAUAGACUGCAGCAAUACAAUGUGUCAAUAUCGGGUGAUAUGGACAGACUGUUACUUCAAAAUCGACAAUUGAAUGAAGGGGAAAUGGCAAUUGAGCAAGAAUUCAGAGCAUUGUAUGAUAUUAAGGAGCGAUUAAAGCAUAAUACGCUGGUUUUAGAAUCAAGAUCAAAUGAAAUAGACCAAGUUACUGACAAGGUCAAUGCUAUGCCUGACGUUCAAGUAGAUGAAGCAUUGUGUGGUACAACUGUUGUAGCUAAUCAGCUGUUUGAAUUAGUAGCUGAUGAUAAUGCUAUAUCAGACACAGUUUAUUUUCUAGCAAGAGCUUUGAAUUCAGAGAGAAUUGAUUUAGCAACAUUUAUGAAGUAUACUCGUACUCUAUCAAGAGAACAAUUCAUGAAGCGAGCUUUGAUCAAAAAGAUUACACAAACAUAACCAAUAAAAAUCAGUUUGUAUCUCUAGAAAGCUACGCAUUUUUGUAUUUCUUUUGCACAAACCUCUUCAUUCAGU